CGGAUACAGAUUUUGUCCGAUCUGCAUCUCGAGGUAGGCCAACAGUACACGUCAUAUACCUUCCCGGUGACAGCACCAUUUCUUCUACUGGCUGGUGACAUCGGGAGACUGAUUGACUACGACAACUACGUAGCGUUCCUUGAAAUACAAGCCUGUCGAUAUAAAAAGGUGUUUCUAGUGUUGGGGAACCACGAGUUUUAUGAACUCGACUAUGAUUCAGGACUGGACAUGGCGCAGCGCCUCUCAGAAGAGCCUUUUCUCAAAGACUCUAUUAUACUUUUGAACAAAUCUCGCUGGGAUGACCCAGAUUCCAAUCUCACGAUUCUGGGCUGCACGCUUUGGUCAGCUAUACCGGAAGACGCUGCUACCAUGAUUGAAACAAAAAUUAACGACUUUAAAAAAAAUAAUCGGAUGGACUACGGUGAAACAUAAUCAGAUUCACACCGAGGAAGCUGAAUGGCUUCGCAAAGAAGUAGCGCAAUUAGCAACACAGGACCAAGAUAAUUCCACGCAAAUUAUCAUCGCGACGCACCACGCGCCAUGUUUACAAGGCACGUCCAAGCCGGCGGAUACCAAUAGCCCAUGGACACCAGCAUUUGCGACUGAUCUUGUAACCGAGGGAAACUGGGGUAACGUCACUUGCUGGAUCUUCGGCCAUACGCACUAUUCUACGGAUUUCCAGUGUAACGGUAUUAGACUGUUGGCAAACCAGCGGGGAUAUACAUUUCGAAACGAAAAGGCGAAGAGCAAGACUAAGAAAAACCCGCAUGUGUUUGAUCCUGCUAUGGUUAUCAAGUUGUAAAGGCAACCUUGAACUGUCUUCUUCGUAUAAGCACG